AUGGAAGUUAAAGCAAGUUACAAGAUAAUUGAAGUUGAUGUAAGCAGGCAUUAUCACUGCAUAGUUGAAAGUCAAUUAAUUCCAGAAAAUCAAGAAUUAAAUUUCAAUGGACAGCAUGAAGAAGGAAAUACCAACGAAGACGUGACGAGAAACUCAACAGUCAAUAAAGUUCCUCAAGGACUCAAAAAUGUCUUUCCGAAUAUGAAAAUUUUGUGGAUUAUGAGCUCAAAGCUGAAGAAAAUCAACAAAGAUGACUUAAAAGAGUAUAAAAAUUUGACGGAACUACGAUGCAGCGUUAACGAGCUUGAGUACCUGCCUGGUGACUUAUUUGAUGAUUUUAAAGAUUUAAAAUGGAUUGCCUUUAAUGACAAUAAUUUGAGAGUUGUUGAGCCAAAUAUUCUUGACAAGCUUGAUAAUUUAAUUUAUGUGGAUUUUAGGAACAAUCCACAAUAUGGAAAUAUCCAAAAUGGCUGCAAAAAAUUAAAAAAAUCUCAACAAAAUUUGAUCAAAGACAAUCAGCAACUUCAGAACACAAAGUUGAGACUGGAAACUGAAUUGGAGCAAGAGAAGCUUAAAAACAUCAAAUUAGUCUCCCAGCUUCAAUCUGGAUUUUUUACUGAUUUCAGAAACUUCAUUGAUGAUGACACAACAAAAGACUUCCUCGUCCAAAUUGAAGACCAUGACUUUCCAGUUCACAAGUUCCUGCUUGUCGCUCGCAGUCCAACUCUGGCUGAAAUCUUCAAAACCAACCCAGAAGUUGAAAAUUUAAAUCUUGUCGAUAUUUCUGUGGAAACUUUUGGGAUAAUUCUUAAAUUUCUCUACACUGAUGAACUUCCAGGCGACGAUGCGACGAACAUUUUACAUCUUUUUGCAGCAGCUGGGCAACUUAAAAUUGAGGAACUUAAGGAUUUUGCAGCAAUGAAAAUGAUUAAUCAGAUCAACGAAGAUAAUGCAACGGAAGUGCUGAAUUUAAGCAACAAAUAUGAAAAUCAGAUGUUGAGGAAAAAGGCAUUUGAUGUGAUCAGGGAUAAGCAUCUAGAUAUCAGGUUUAAUCCUGAUUGGGCUGCAAAUGUUGAAAAAAUGACUAAAGUCUUGAAUUAUAUAAAGAAGAGAGAGGAAAUGAUGAGAGCAUUGCAAGCUGAAUUUGAGGAAUUGGCUAGAAAUUGA